AUGGCCGACCGCGAGCAACCCUACGACCCCUACAUCCCGUCUGGUGGACAGGGUGGCGCCCCGGCUGCUGGUGGUCAAAAUCCAGGCAACCAGAGAACGGCUGCUCUUCAGGCUCAAAUCGAUGACACCGUAGGUGUCAUGAGAGAGAACAUCAACAAAGUGUCUCAACGUGGCGAGCGUCUUGAUUCCCUCCAGGAUAAAACCGACAAUCUUGCCGUCUCCGCCCAGGGCUUCCGUCGUGGCGCAAACCGCGUUCGCAAACAGAUGUGGUGGAAGGAUAUGAAGAUGCGCAUGUGUCUGAUCGUCGGUAUCGUCAUCCUGCUCGUUAUCAUCAUCGUUCCUGCUGGUAAGUCAACUUUUUUUAGAUGCCAGUGGCUGAAUCUGACAAUGGGAUAG